CCGCUGACGGGCCUCUGCGGCGUCUGAGAGCCCGAGACGCCGGAGACCGGAGAGGAGAAGGCCGGUGCCGGGGAGGGUCAGGACGGGGAGAGACGCGGAGGGAAGACGGGCAGUUCGCGACCACCGGGGGGUUCAGGCCCGGGGCAUGCAUGGCGAAACGGGGAGAAGAAGGAUUUGAUGGUCUGAAGGUGGAUCAGUUUCAUCGCCACAAAAGUCUCUCAGCAUUUUAAUGUAUUUUAUUUCAUUUGCGUUGAUUUCAAAUGCAUCGAUCAGGCCUGUAGUGUGUUUUUGUUUCAUCAUGCCUCUCGAUCUGGACUGUGACGCAGCGACGAAUAAAACGAGUCCAGAGGCAGAACAGGAAGUGUGUGAGGUCACACAUGAAGACAGAGUGACGGACACACCAACACGAAGAGUCGGACGACCCGCUCGAAAACGCAAAACACCAGGAGUGGAUAGUUGUGGGCGUGUAAUAGAGGGUGUGGCCUGUAUAAAGCAGGCGGGGUGUAACGGUGAAGCAGACAGUCGGGUUUCUGUGAAAAACCUGGAGCGGGACGACUCCUCCCCUGACUCCACCCACAGGAACAGCACAGACACGCCCCCCGGAGCAGACGAAGACUCCGCCCCUUCCACUCCACGGAAGAAACGAGGACGACGGAAACUUGAGCACCCGGAGCGACACGUGGGGGAGGACGACACCAGCAGCGACACCAGCAGGGCAGAGAGCGAAGGGGGCCGUCUGAGGGGCCGGCGGGGCGGGGACAUCAGUCUGAGGAGACGACCCGUACAGAGAGAGACCUUCCAGGCCGGAGAUCCCUUUCACAUCAGCCGCAGGGAGAAAGAGGAGUUGCUCGCUUUCUUGAGGAAAGAGAAGGAGGAGAAGACCCACCCGGUGACCACCAUGAGUGACACGAUGGACGACCAAUCAACAGUGAGUUCUCAGAAGGAGGAGGAGGAGCCAGUCAUCAACCUCCCAUCCACACCCACACCUCAGCAGCAGCACACUGACCCCGCCUCCCCAACGGUUGCCAUGACGCCUGAGCCGCCUCCUGUCGCCUGCGGCAACAAGGUGAUGGCGAGAUCCUCAGAGAUGGAUCUGGAGUACGAGGACGGCCGUGGCUUCGGGAUCGGAGAGCUCAUCUGGGGAAAGUUACGGGGAUUCUCCUGGUGGCCCGGCCGGAUCGUGUCGUGGUGGAUGACGAGUCGCAGUCGGGCCGCUGAAGGAACCCGCUGGGUCAUGUGGUUUGGGGAUGGUAAAUUCUCAGUGGUGUGUGUGGAAAAGCUGUUGCCCUUGAGUACGUUUUGCACAUCUUAUCAUCAGCCCACCUACAACAAACAGCCCAUGUACAGAAAAGCCAUCUAUGAAGUUUUACAGACGGCGAGUACGCGUGCAGGUAAACCGUUCCCUGCGUGUGUGUCCACGGACGACUCGGACUCGGGGAAGAGUGUAGAGCUGAUGACUCGGCAGAUGAUUGAAUGGGCCAGUGCUGGGUUCCUCCCCUCCGGUGCCAAAGGCCUGGAGCCGCCACCUGCGGAGCGGAACCCUUACACUGAGGUGUAUCCAGAGAUGUGGGUGGAGCCUGAGGCUGCUGCGUACACAGCUCCGCCCCCUGCCAAGAAACCCAGGAAGAACAGUGUUGAGAAACCCAAAAUCAAAGAGAUUAUAGAUGAAGGAACCCGAGAGAGACUCGUGUAUGAAGUCAGGCAGAAGUGUCGCAAUAUCGAAGAUAUCUGUAUUUCCUGUGGAAGUCAGAACGUAUCUCUUGAACAUCCUCUGUUUAUUGGAGCCAUGUGCCAGAGCUGCAAGAAUUGUUUCCUGGAGUGUGCGUAUCAGUACGACGAUGACGGUUAUCAGUCGUACUGCACCAUCUGCUGUGGAGGAAGAGAAGUCCUCAUGUGCGGGAACAACAACUGCUGCAGGUGUUUCUGUGUGGAGUGUGUGGAUCUGCUGGUCGGGGCCGGUGCGGCACAGGCCGCUAUCCGUGAAGACCCCUGGAACUGCUACAUGUGUUGCAGCAGGAACGUGUCCGGGCUUCUGAGGCGCAGAGACGACUGGACCAAACGACUGCAGAUGUUCUUCGCCAACAACCACGACCAGGACUUCGAACCAACGAGGUUGUAUUCUCCAGUAGCGGCAGAGAAGAGGCAGCCAAUCAGAGUGCUCUCUUUGUUCGAUGGCAUCGCUACAGGGCUGCAGGUGCUGAAGGAUCUGGGUAUUCAUGUGGAGCGGUAUGUGGCGUCAGAGGUGUGUGAAGACUCCAUCACGGUGGGGAUUGUGCGACACCAUGGACACAUCACAUAUGUGGGCGAUGUCAGGAACGUCACACGCAAGAAUAUUCAGGAGUGGGGACCUUUUGAUCUUGUGAUCGGUGGAAGCCCCUGUAACGAUCUGUCCAUCGUCAACCCUGCCAGGAAAGGCCUGUUCGAGGGCACUGGGCGUCUGUUUUUUGAGUUCUACCGGCUGCUUCACGAAGCGCGACCCAAAAACGGAGACGACCGACCGUUCUUCUGGCUGUUUGAAAAUGUCGUUGCCAUGGGAGUCAGUGACAAAAGAGACAUUUCGCGCUUUCUGGAGUGUAAUCCAGUAAUGAUCGACGCUAAGGAGGUGUCGGCCGCACACAGAGCUCGAUACUUCUGGGGAAACUUACCUGGAAUGAACCGGCCACUGACUGCAAUGGUAAAUGAUAAACUCGACCUGCAAGACUGUCUGGAACAUGGACGCAUGGCUAAGUUCAGCAAAGUGCGAACCAUCACGACCCGUUCCAACUCAAUAAAACAAGGAAAAGACCAGCACUACCCCGUCUAUAUGAACAAUAAAGAGGAUAUCCUGUGGUGCACAGAGAUGGAGAGAGUGUUCGGCUUCCCUGUCCAUUACACUGACGUGUCCAACAUGAGUCGUCUCGCCAGGCAAAGGCUUCUGGGAAGGUCAUGGAGCGUGCCUGUGAUUCGCCACCUCUUCGCUCCGCUGAAGGAAUACUUUGCCUGUUUCUGUAGCUCCGCCCACCACACGUCAUGAUGGCGUCGUGACGUCUCUCUUCUUCCUUUCCUUUCCAAUAAGCUCCACCUUCUUGUGUUCUUCAUGUUUGCUCGUGGCCUGUGAAUGGCUGGUGCUAUCCUAAGAUUAAUAUUCAACCCACUAGACAGCCACACGUAUUUAUUUGAAAACAUAACUCCAGAUUUUAUUGUAUUUUAUUGUCCGUCGUUUAAUUUUUUUUUGUCAUGUUCCAACUGUGACAACUCUUUCUCUCUCACACAACUGACAGAGACAAAAUGUGAGUGAGUUUGCAAGUGUAUGUUUGUCCGAGCGUGAAAAUCUAGAGCA